AUGACUGCCUUGUCAGCUGUUCAAGUCUUCGUGCUGGCUGCCUUGUGCCACGCCGGAGCCAAGUCGUCUGUUCUUCUUCAAGACGGUUCUCCUGAAGCCGCGGACGUCCUUCAGAAUUUCUUGGCCUCGCCCCACCACCUGUCCAUCCAGCUGGGAGAUAUGCCGAGCCUCCUACAGGAGACAGGACACUUUCCUGACUUCCGGCGCGGUUUGAAUGAAGAAAGUAGCGUGGUGGUCAUGGUGUUCAGUAACGUGAAUGUUCAUAUCACACUGGACAUUCACACUGAAGCACAAAUUGGUUCAAAUAUCUUCAUCUCGCUUACAGAGAAUUUACUGAAAAAGUUUGCAAAAGACCUCCUGAAGGAAGUGAACGAGGUGGCUCGGUCCUCUUUGCUGGCGCCGCCCCUCUCGCGUGAACAGCCCUCCUUCUGCCUGUUCUCGUAUCACCCUUUCGCUUCGUCGGCAGAAAAUAUCAUGAUCCAGGCGUGUGGUUCGAGGAUUGCGUUCAGUUGGGACAAGUUGUUUCCAGAACGAUUCGGAAAUUUCGAAGGGUAUCAGAUGCAAGUCGCCAGCUGGAUAGACGAUUUUCCGUUUCUUUUCUACGACAGCGAAGGAACCGCCUCGGGGCUGUGCAAGAACAUGCUGAGUGAAAUCGCCGAGCAAUUAAACUUCACAUACCAGCUGCAGGAAGUGCCUCCUGACGAGUACUGGGGCGACCUGGUGAAUGGCACGUGGGUGGGCAUGGCGGGGCAGGUCGUGUAUGCCGAGAAAGACCUUCUAAUUAAUGGCUUCGGUAUUUUAAUAGAUCGCUACCACGCCAUGGACUUUUCUGUGCCGUAUACAAGCGAUUCUUAUAAGGCCACGUUGAAGAUUCCUCCGCCGCCCCCUCGGUGGCUGGCAGUCGUGUACCCGUUUCAGGGUGCAGUGUGGGCAUGCGCAGUGGUCACGUUGCUCGUACUUACCUGUGCCUUUCAUGUCAUCAUCCGGGAGGAGCAUUCUUCAGUAUACGACCAUGAAUCUGACCUUAUAUCAACGGCCCUGUGGCUUUCGCGAACGGUGCUGAAACAGUCUGUGGCAAGAAUCCCUAAUGUGGUAGGAUGUCGGCCCGUCCUGUACCUGUGGUGGCUGGGCGCCCUUGUCCUCUCCACAUCCUACACCGGCAGUCUCAUUGCCUUCCUUACAGUGCCUUCACAAGCAUCUAGGAUAACCUCUCUGGGAGAACUUGCUAAGGCGCCAAAUGAACUCUCCCUCUUCGAUUACGGGGACUUCAUCGUGAACUUCCUGAAGACUUCCGAGGAGCCGAUCUACCGCGCCCUCGGGGAGAAGCUGCGUCUGUACCCUUCCUAUGACCCCAUCCCCCUGGACAUGGAACGAGGCCAUGCUUUCGUAGAUGCGGCCUAUUAUAGCAAGUACUUGGUGAUCAAAUGGCAGAUGAAGGAUGUUUAUGUGAUCGAGGAAAGCAUUUAUCCGAAUUACUACGGCUGGGCCUUUCGCAAGCACACGCCUUGGAAGAACCAUUUUGACAAGUAUAUAUCAAGGAUUCAGGAGGCUGGGCUACUGGACCACUGGCACCGCACCUUCGUCGCAGACUACCGGCGCUCUCAAGGCCUCCCGCCCGUUCUGACCCCGCCGGAGGAGGACGCUCUUCGCCCGCUCUCACUGGAGGACACACAAGGGCCCUUCAUUGCCGCUGCUUUGGGUCUUGGUUCGGCAAUGGUGGUGUUUUUGGUGGAAAUACUAUUAGUUGUCGUGAAAGGAGAAAGCGCCAACUAA